AUGUUACUCACAAAUACGGCUUUUACCUACAUGGUGAACCAUGUUUUCCUGCCCCCCAAGCUCCCUGAAGGAGAUGAUUGGGAAGCCAGCCACAGCAAGGCACUGCAGUCGAACAUCAUGGCGUGCAUCGAGAAGUUUGCGACCUACGUUACAUUUGGCAAUCGUGCGUUGAUGCGAUCUGCAGCUUCAAUGAUUCGACGCAUGACCCAAGCCCAGAACGAGCAUGGUUAUAUACACUGUGAUAAGUUCGAGCAGGUCCUCGACGAGAUCGGCGAAAAGGUCUCUGGAGAAGCAGUUUGUAUCAACGUCGUUUUUCAAAACGCCGGUGUUCUAAUCGGCAGACAUCAAGACUCGGUAUACGUCGAGUCCUUCGAGCUGUCACCACUCAACUCAGCUGUCAUAAAAUCGCCUGGUAGGCUUCGCCGCUACUUUCCGGGGCCUGCCAUGGCCAUUGAGCUGGGAGCGUUUCGUGACCGGGAGUUCCAGAAAUCUUUUGCAAAGGUUCUGCACAAACUUUGCCACCAGAGCUGCCCCGACACUUGUCCUCUGGUCAAAAAGGCCGGACAACUACACGAGGAGACACGUGACACCGUCGACCCGGUGUACGUAACCGAAUUCAUGACUGCCUUUUUGGGGCCUGUCACCAAGCAUGUUGAUGACAUCUCGCAAGGAGUCUGGAAGAACACACGUGAUGAAAUCAUAUGGCACAAAAGUUACAUGCCCUGGCGCCGAUCGCCAGUGUGGCUGCUUCUCCGGGUCUCCCUACAACUCCUUCUUGGCCACGAAGCAGGGUCGACAUCCCAGGCUAAAUGCCUCUACAAGUCAUUGAUGCUAUUUUUUACUGCGUCGUUGUUCAUAGACGGUUUUUUUCACCAAGACCUGUCUAGCGACGUGAUCGAGAUCAUGAGGUUCAAGGUUGUUCGACGUAAACACAAACUACUUGCUGCUUUCCAGGGUGAAGUGGAAGAACGAGUAAUUUUAUUCGCAGACAAGGCAAUGACUGACGCCGCUCGAGAGUUAAUCAACCGUCAGCGUCCUUUUGUUGCAAACGAAAGCCCCGACAAUAAGCUACGUCGUUUUGAGUCGGUCAAUUUUGUCAAUGACACGGUUCACAGGUUGAAGAACCUUGACGAAUUUAUCAAUUCCAUAUCAGACCGGACUAUGAGCCUGGAUAGAGCGUCUUUCUGCCCGCCCGCGUACAUGUCAACUUUGAGCAGAGGCUCAUUGCCUGAUCUCUCUGGAUGGUCGACUUUCGAUAUUCAUGGCUAUACGGCCUUCUGUCUUGCAGAGGUCGAAGCAUGGGUUUCCGACCACCUGGAUGACUGGCUAAGCCAUGCCAUGAUAAGUGAAAAGUCGUGUUCCGAACUCUCUAACCUGAUCACAACCUAUGAGAGAAUCGCUACAUCGGUUUACAAGACAAACUCCGAAGGAAGGUCAAUCAUGGUACUGGUCCUGAUUGAACUUUGGGUUGUUUGCGACAAAAUAGCAACAGGUCAGAUCCCACUGCUGGGGCAAUAUGACCCUUGCAUUCCUGCAGGACUGUUCGAAUCCUUCCUGCUGCCCUUCCGUGAACAAAUGGCGAGAUUGAACAGGGUAGAAAAAUACCUCGAAAGGCGGUGUAGGGCAGCCGACCAGUUGCUUCCUUGUAUUCUCAGCUCGUUUGGUGAUACCCAGUCCUUUGCCGUACACUUCUACAGCCAAUCGACCCAUUACCAGAAUAUGCUGGUCGAGAUAGAGUCCAAGGCUGCAAAGCAGCGCACAGCGAAGAUCGCCGAGCUUUCCAAAGUUCAGGCAGAGUAUCGGCGCCUUCACAACCUUUUCGAGUCAGAAAGCUGUCGAUAUGUCGAGCUGUUGCAACUCUCUCCCGUACACAAAAUUUUCAGUAUGGGCGCACGGACCAUGCUGUUAACGUUUGCGCGGGACUUCCGCCUGUAG